AUCUCAGUGUUUUCCCAAGUUGUCUUCUCCUUUGUGUUGGAGAUUCGAAAAUUCCUUGGCAAUUAGCAACAACAAUGGCUGUGAAUCUGUGUGUCUCACCUAAGUGUAAAUGGGUUGGCUCUCCUUCAACGAUCACGUUGGAUGGUGCUUCUUCUGGAAGGUUAUCAUCACUUGGUUCUUCUUCUAUUUCCAGUUCCAAGAAUGGCAACAACAUAAACAACAUUGCUAGUAGUGUAAGUCUCAGCUUCAGUACAAAUACUACGAGUGUGAGGAAGAGUGCAAGUGUUACUGUAAGAUCCAGCUUAGAAACUGCGGGGCCCACAGUCACAGUGGGGCAGGUCACUGAGGUAAACAAGGAUACAUUCUGGCCCAUUGUUAAGGCCGCCGGAGAUAAGACAGUAGUCCUUGACAUGUACACCCAAUGGUGCGGUCCUUGCAAAGUUAUGGCUCCAAAGUUUCAAGAAUUAUCUGAGAAGUAUCUGGAUGUUGUCUUUCUAAAGCUUGAUUGCAACCAAGAUAACAAGCCCUUGGCAAAAGAGCUUGGAAUUAAAGUGGUUCCCACUUUUAAAAUUCUGAAGGAUAGCAACGUUGUAAAAGAGGUUACUGGAGCUAAAUUUGAUGAUUUGGUCAUUGCCAUAGACACUGUUCGAUCAACCUAAAGAAUAUAAAUGUUCUCUCUUUCUAUGUUAUAAUAUUAUGCUUGACACCUUUGUAAGUAUUUUAAUGCAAUUGUAAGCUGCCGAAUGAAAGAUGAAAAAAUGUCAUCAUGUGAUUGUUAUAAACCGUAAUUGAUUAUUCCCUAUACGGCUAUACCUAGGGAAGAGUUGCUCAAA